GUAACGUUUAUACAUGCGCAGACCUGACAUCCGGUUUUGAUUCAGAAAGGACAGAGUACCAAGUCAAGUAAACAAAAAUAGCGAAUAUAUGGCAAAUAAUUUAAGUGAGAGACUUUUAUAUUGAUAUAAAUAAUUACAAUGGAACACGAAGAAGAUGAACAUAAUGAUCAUUUGCCAGAUAAUUGGCUAAAUAGCUUCGAAGAGGAGUGUAUUGAGGAUCUUCACGGUGAAGCCAAUAUGGAGGAAGCUCUUGAAACACAACGAGAAUUAGCUGAACAGAAAUUGUGGUUGCAAUUUCAGAACUCAGCAACAGCUAUUGCUCAGUUGUACAAAGAUCGACAUCAAGGUCUCUCAUUAUGGGUCCCAUUUCAGAACGCUGCAUCAAAUGUUACAAGUUUGUUCAAAGAUGGGGUAGAUUCACUGCAUACUUGUGUGGACUUGGGUAUACAAAAGGGAAAACAGCACAGAAACAGAGACAUUGUGGCCUGGGUGAAAAAGAAACGUCGUAACAUUCGUAGAGAAGAUCUUUUAGCUUUCUUGUGCGGCAAAACUCCCCCAGCCAGAAAUAGACAUGCUUCUUCUAUGGUGAGGCACUCCCAGUCGUCAAGGCUUUCUGUAGAGAGAACGCAUUCACCUCGUCUACAGGGAGGUGAGAAUCUGUCCUCCGGAACUGAACCAGAUCUUCAGGCAUUUAGAGAAGCCAUUGCACUCCAAGGUUUAAAUGGUGCAAUGUCUAACAUCAGUAUGGGCUUCAGUAUGCCCCCAGGUGCUACUGCCCCCUCCCAAAUCGGAGCUAUACCCAGGAGUAGUGGGAACAUGGAGGAACUGAACAGAUUUAUUCUAGAUGAAUUUUCUCGUAAUUAUGACUCUGCAAGAAAGAGAACUUCAUCUCCAGAUAAUACACCCUUUGAUUCACCAUCCAGGAAGAAAAGUCGUCUGUUUUAAAUGUUGAUUAUGGCUGUUCCUAACAUCAAUUUUCUGUAGAUACCAGAUUAGCUUAUGUUAAAGAAUCCAAGCUGAAUGUGAUAUUUGCUAUGAAAAAAAAUUAUCUUUAUAUCAACAUGGAUACUGUCAAUAUGGAGAAAGGCAUCAGAUUGUUAAAAGAAAAAAAAUUACACGCAUCUAAACAAUUUUUUUAAAUUUUUUUUUUUUAUAAUAUAGCAUUAUCCAUAUUUAUAAUCCAGUUUUGCAAGUUUAUGGUUUACUUAAAUUAGUUUAAUAUAUACUCUGCUUAGAUUUAUAUAUUAAAUAAAACAGGAAGAACAUUUUUUAUAUAUAUGCUCAUGUAUAUAUAUAACUAAUGUUAAAUGUGUUGUUUUUUAAGAGGUUUAUCAUUUUGACAGAGAUAAAAAAUCAUACGACUUAGUGUAAAUUCCUUCAUGGACUAGAAACUGCACUAAAACAUUUUCUUUUAGAAUUUUAUCCCUCCAUUAAAAAAACCCACACAAAUAGAUGUUUGUGAAAGAUUAAUAAAAUAAAUCUGCAAUGGUUACACAUCAAUAUUAUCAUAUUAAGAGAGAUAAUGAUACAUAUUGUAUGAGUGUCUUAGUAUGCACACAUGUAUUUAAAAAUGUGAUUAUUCAUUGAGAAUGCCAUUUCUGUGUUUUUGCCAUUCAUGUUACUUUUAUUUCAUUCAUUGAUGUGUCUGUAAAACCUACAGAACAGUCGGUCCUUUUUACUGCUUUAAUGGGCAUUAUUUCUCAUUAUUAGCGAUACAUACAUUUGAUUUGAAGUUGCUAGUUGGUAAGAUAUCAUUGUUCUAUCGUGAAUGUCAUAUCUUCAAAUCUAACUUGUCCAACUGAUAUAGAUGAUUGAAAGGAACUAUGCUCAUGUCAGACUUCAGAUUCAUUUAUAACAAAUGUAGAUUAAACCACACAGACAAUUUUAUUUGUCUUUAGUUAAAAUGAAACAAAACAAAAAAAGGUAAUACUAAGUUGUUUUUUUUUUUUUAACUUUGGUAAAACAGUCCAAGAUUGCACCAAGGAUGUAUUUUUACAUUUGAAAGUAUACAAGAGAAUUUUUCUUUAUUUUCAAAGAAAUUUAAAUGCUGUUGUAAAUGACAAACCUCAUUGUAAAUGUUCUGAUGUGCAGGUCACUUGCAGAAAAACUGAUUGAAUAUCUAUCAAUAUAUAUGAACUUUUGACAGUUGGUGUCGAAUAAUUUUUAGUAAUAGUAGCUAAACCUGUCAGAAUUAAUUUAUAUUAUCAGUAUUUAUUUUUUGUGCAGUUUGAUUUCAAGUAACAGUGAGAGUCUUAAGAGCCUUAAGGGGUCUUUUUUAAAAAGCUCUGAACAUCAAAAAGUUAAUGUAAUAUUUAUAAUGCUUUCAAGGAAAUCCUGUUAUUAUAUAUCAGUGAAGAUUGACAUUCAAAUUCUAGGAAGUAAAUUUCAAUCUUUAGUUACUACCUUCUUUACUGGGUAACAAAAAGUGUUCUUUUUCUGCUCAAUAUUGAUAGUGUGUUAGUGUGUUGCAUGUGAAAAGAAGAAAAAAAAUACAUGUAGUAAGUUAUUUCCUUUGUACCAUUUUCCUCCACAUAGGUGAAUCAACAAAACAACUUUUUUUUUUAUAGUAAUUAUAAUUAUAAUCUUUAGAUAGAGAGUGUGUGUGUGUGUAUGUUGCCAUUUAAAUGUUAUUCUCUUGUUAAGGGCUUUCAGAUUUGUUUCAUGGAGAAAUGAAAGAAAGUACUAAGUGAAAGGUUGACCAUUACCAAUUUGUGAGGAAAAUGUGUUAACUGCUUUAUGCAUUAAAGUUGUUUAUCACAGGA